UAUAAAUGUCAACAUCGAUGUUGUAAGCCUGAAAAAGAAACUCAAACGAGAAGACAGGAGCUUAAUUCAGAUCCGGAAGACGAACUGUUCACGUAGUGUGAUAAUUGAGUAUGGUGGACAGUGUUUACCGUACACGGUCUCUCGGUGUAGGUGUAGUUGGUCUUCCUGAUCAGUAUGCCGACGGUAAAGCAGCGAAAGUGUGGCAGCUGUACAUCGGAGACACUCGGAGCAGGACAGAGGAGUACAAGAGCUGGGUGCUGUCCCUGCUCAGAAAACAUGGGGUUCAGAAGGUGCUGGAUGUAGCCUGCGGCACAGGGGUGGAUUCCAUCAUGUUGGUAGAAGAGGGAUUCAAGGUGGUUAGUGUGGAUGCCAGUGACAAAAUGCUCAAAUAUGCUCUUAAAGAGAGAUGGGAGAGGAGAAAAGAGCCCACCUUCGAUAACUGGGUAAUUGAGGAGGCCAACUGGCUAACAUUACCAGAAGAUGUUAAAAAACCUGGAGAUGGGUUUGAUGCAGUAAUCUGUCUAGGCAAUUCAUUUGCUCAUUUACCAGACUUCAAAGGGGACCAGAGUGAACAGAAGCUUGCCUUACAAAACAUAGCCAGCAUGGCGAAACCUGGAGGGAUCCUAAUCAUUGACCACCGUAACUAUGAUUACAUUCUUGAGACUGGCCAAGCACCCCAAGGAAAGAAUAUUUUCUAUAAGAGUGACCUGAAACAGGACAUCUCCACCUCAGUACUGUGGGUAAAUAGCAAGCCUCACAUGAUCACACUGGACUACACUCUGGAACUGCCUCAACCAGAGGAUGUUCAGACUCCACCUGAUACAAGUAAAUUCCGCCUGUCAUACUACCCCCAUCGUUUGGAGAGUUUUAAGGAGAUUUUGAGAGCAUCGUUCUUUGGAAAAUGCGAGCACAAUGUAUAUGGAGACUUCAAGCAAUACACCCCAGGGCAAGGAGAGGUGCCCUGUUAUUUCAUUCAUGUGGUUAAAAAGACUACUUAAAGCCACAUGCAUUCUGCCAUUUUAUUUCAUCUUCACAUGGAAAAAUGGUUGUGAAAAUUGGUGCUUGCAUGACAAUACAACUGCAGGUAGUUCUUUUGCUUUGAAAGUGAAAAUGUACCUCAUUUGAACUGGUAAGAGGUCUACAUGAUCUUCCCUCAUGCUUAAUUUGAAUAAAUAUCGUUUUUCUCUUUUUAUUUACUCUUUCAUGUUACACAUUCUUAAGCAUGAAAAAUAUACAUGUACAUUGUACUUUACAGAACACUGCUGAGAGCAUGUCACACAGAAUGUGUUUUUGUGUUCCACUGUGCUGCUUAAUUGUUUUGUUUUUUUCUAUGUAAACAUGCGCUAGACAGAUGUCUUUGUCCAUUGAUCCACGUCAAAUUACAGAAGUCAAACUAAAAAGAUAAAUGCAUAAAAACCCCUGAUUUUUCACCCCUGAAUAUUAAAGCAUUAUGGAAUAUGCUAUGUAAUAUAAACAGAUAAGUAAGUAUUAUAAGAACGGUUGUUAUACAAGUCCACAGGUAUAGCCAUGCUAUUCAGACUAACAACACUAAUCGUGCUGUAAUAUUACUUUUAAAAACUAGCAAUAUAAUUAUUUCCAGUCACUCUGUUUGGAACGGUGUAGCAAAAAUAGACAAAGCUGAAUUAGCGAUUCAUACUGUGUUUUCGAGAAACACACAGUGUGAAUGUUUUUGAACAAAUUGUGUUAUGUUAAUAAUUUAAUUGCUCACUUAUAAAGACAGUUGUUUCCAACUACUGGCUUAACAUUGUAACCUGAAGAAAGAAUCGCUGAAAAAUCCUUAGCAAUUAUACAGUCGGCCUGUUUGGAACAUGGUGCAAACACAGAUAAACAAGAUGAUACAAACAGUGUAAGUAAAAGCGUGAUUAGGGUCUACAUUAAUCGUUACACAUAAAUCGUAAUAACUUACACAUACAUAAUGAACCAUACACAGUAUAAAUAUAGCCAUACAAAUAUGUAUUACUGAAGGUUCAGACAAAUACAUAUCACUGCUGUAUGUCUUUCAAAAAUGAUUUAAAGUGCUGAUUUAAAUUUUUCAGGGUGAUUUAAAUAUACACUGGCUAAUACAUAGUGUAAUGAUCUGUAGGUAUGCAAAGAUUAAAGUUUACUGGGCCUUUUUUUUUUUUUUUCAAUGUUCAAACUGUAUUUUCUUUAACAACUUAUGUAGUUAAAGCCGGUGUUUCUUUAGGUUUGCUCAUUGAGGGUUGUAAGGCUUUAUUUCAUUUUCCUUCAUGUGUUUGACCCAUAUCAAAUUCCUUCGACACUCACACAAUGUCAAGACUGUCUGGUGUUGAAUUCCAAAAUAAAAGCCCUCCAAAAAUGAAUA